UUAUUUAUUAAAAAAAAGAGUCGAAGCAGAGAUGGUAGCUUCACACUAUGCGCGGUCAGCUCAUUGGUGCUCUUUUCACCCCGUCGGAACACAUCUCUCCUUCCCCAAUAUUGCCUCAACGGGCCUGGAAAGAUUUCAUCAGAGCCCGCCUCUGAAAUUUUCUCCAAGAUUACUCAACAAUUACUAUUUCUUGUACGUUGUUGAUUUACUGAACCUAGUGCUUUCGCUUUUACGCGUUUAGGUUCAUAAAUGCAUAUUGAUACACUUGUGUGUUUGGACUAAAGGCUUGAGACCCACUUCGAUUUCAAGAGGUUCUUUGACUGUAAAAUCUUCAAAGUUCCAAUCUUUUUUAAAGCUUAGUAGAAGAUAUUUGGAGAUUCACUUCUUUCCAGAAUGCUCAGGUUAUAUAUCCUGAAGGACUUUUGCUUACUGGUGUUGAUGUGGAGAUGAUUUGUGGUUAUGCUCGAUGUCCCACAUCAAAGGAAAAGACCGAAUUCUAUCUUGUUUGAAGCCACCCCGACCUCCAUCAACAAACAAUUAUUUGUCAUCCCCUGCUUCCCAAGGUUAUUCUGAAGACAUUACACCGCCAUCAAGUGUUCAACUCUCUCCUACCGUCAACCUUAGUCGAGAAUACACCCUUGCUGUUCAAACAAAUUCUUAUGGUGAGAUUAGAAGAACAUUUGACCAAGACAAUGUAGCCAUAGGGCAUAUAGAUUUCUUUGAAGAGCCUCAGCUGUUGGAACAGGUUCUUCGACCAAGCCGUGAGUGCGUUCAAGAGGCACUUUCACUGAUUAGGGCUAACUCUCUUACUUAUCUUGUUGCAACCUACUUUGAGCACAGUGAGCGUACUGCCCAUCUAUGCCUCCUUGUCUACCAGGGUUUCCACAAUGCUCGCCUCCUCUAUACCCCUAUACAAAACCUUCUUGAUGAUCUUCCCCUUGACUUUGACUCUGACUGCUAUUCCCUCUCCCAUUCCCAAUGCAAGCUGGCAGUUAAUGUCUUUCUCCAGUUUGACCGCAUUGAGAACCCCUUCCUAUUGCCAGACUCGCACAACUUUGAUGAUAUCCGUCAAUGCUUCUCUGAACUCAGACAACAGCUUGAUGAGCAUCUCAGAAAGUCACGGUCAAGGGUCCAUCUCAUACGCCACUGCUCAACAGGAUCUGCGUUGUGUUUGAUUGCAGCUGUUGUUGGAGUGGCCAUAUCAGCCGUGGCAAUAGCUAGUCAUGCUCUAGUUGCCCUUGUUGCGGGGUCAAUAUGCCCUGCAAUUCUUCCAUCAAAUAUGACUAAAAAAGAAAUUAUCCAUCUAGCUCAGCUUGACGCUGCAGCAAAGGGUGCUUAUGUUCUUCAAAAUGAUCUAGACACCAUCGAUCGCCUUGUGGCCCGCCUGCAUACUGCAGUUGAAAAUGACAAGCUUCUUAUUCGUCUGGGACUGGAGAGGGGCAUGGAGAGCUAUCCGAUUCAGGAGAUACUAAAGCAGCUGCGGCGAAACCGUCCUAGUUUUAUGAGACAACUUGUGGAUCUUGAGGAGCAUUUAUUCCUAUGUCUUGCUGCAAUCAACAAGGCCAGAACACUUCUUCUCCAAGAGAUUCAUACGCAUCAAUAUCCAGUUUGAUUUCCACCAUACUAACAUAUACAGGAUGGAGCAACAAAAUUGUUGAAGGAGAGAAAGCAAAUCUUCCAAAGUUGGCGUCCGGUGUCCAGAAACCCGUUCCAGGGACAUUUGCUGCUGAGACCCGCUGGUGCUCUUUGUAGGAUUUUCCAUGCCUUCAAUAUAGCAGCUCGUUGUAUUUUUAGUUUAUCGACAACAUCCCUACAGAAUUUUGUGUUUCUUAAUUAUUUUGGAAAUGAGUACAUUGCAGCAUACUCUGGACAGUAUUAGCACAUGACAAGAAAAAUGCUUUAGUUUUUGUAUUUUAAUUCUUACAGUAGAAUGUAUAAAUCCAGAGGUAGAUGGGAAUCGGAGAGUAAUAAGCAAAAAUUGAUUUUGGAUAAGAAUUUUCUGGGAGGGUAAUAGGUAUGCCAAUAGGCAAAAGUUGCAAGAAUUCGAAUGGGAAAUACCCGGAUGCAUGUCAUAAGAAAA